AUGGAGGAGCCAGAGAGCCCAGCAUUUGAGCCUGUCAGCCCUCCCCAGCGGGCCAGCUCAAUUGCACGUGCAUCGUCGCGAUCUCUGUCUGUCAAGGAUACGCCAAAGAAGCUGGAGCCUGCUGGUCGCAACCGCUCAUCCCGUACCAGUCAACGCGGGCGCGCUGUCAGCUCCACGCCUUCGGUAGCCGGCACAAGACGCAGCCAGUCGGUCAUUUCUCAGCCGGAUGAGCCAUCCACCGAGUAUCAUCCCAAGGUCAAAAAGGAAGCUUCCACUCCGCGCCUGCACGAAGAGACUGGGGACACGACCGCAGAUGAAAGUGUUCAUGGUAAGAACAUGGCAACUCCCGGAAGUGUUUCGUCGCGUGUGUACAAGCGAAAGCGACAGGAUACCCCGCACGAGCCUCCUGCACCGCCGACGCAUGUUUUAUGGACACGAGGUUUCACAAAAGUCUCGUCAUCGGCACUGGACCAAAUCUCCAGUCACCGAGAUGCAAAUAUGUUUGCCACGGGUAUCCGCGAACGCGACGCGCCCGGCUACCACCAAAUCGUGCUUCAGCCUCAGGACAUUACGAAAAUCCGCGCAGCAAUUAAGCAUGGCAAUAAAGCUGCCUCUACCGCUGCGUCGAACCUCCCCGGUGGUGACCCUGGCGGCCCCAGCGUCUGGCUGCCCGUCUCCGAAGACCUGACACCACCCCAAUCCAUCAUUAAUAGCGCGCAGCUCGAGCGAGAACUGGUUCACAUGUUCUGCAACGCCAUAAUGUACAACCCUGAUCCCGACCGCGGUCCCGGGCAGGCAUUCAUGAAUCGCCUGCGGGACGAGGAGGAGGAAGUCGUCGGCUACCGCGUCGACGAGGACGGCGUUGUUCGAAAUACGCGGGGCAUGUUUGUCGAGGUCGAGAAGCUCCUCAGCGACUUGCGCAGUGCUGAAAAGGACCGCGAGCCGCUCCCGCCUACCGCUGCCGGCACUGCGACCGCCGUAGCCACGACGGAAACGAGUGCCGCUGCUCCCUCGGGUGCUGACGACACGGCGGAGGAAGAGGAUGACGAGGAUGGAGAGGGCGAUGGGCAGUCGGCGCCAAAGAGAAGACGCGUCUCCGCGAGAAGCUAG